GGAUACACCACCACUUCACCCUCAUCCUCGACAAGACAGGACAGAGACAAGACAGCCCAGCUCUUUGCUGCACCUGUCCACGCCUUCUCCGCUCGCUGAAUUCUCUUCGACACGCUCGCUAUCGCCUCUUCGCCCGCCAUGUCCACCAUGUAAUCCAAGAUCCACCCGCCUCCCACUCGCGACCCCCGUAACUUAGUCCUCACGUCACUUCGACUUCACCUCGACAUCACACGGUCUCCCGCCGAGACGAGGUUCAUUCGCUGCAACCGGAGUGCGGCGACUGUAACAGACCGAUCCGAUCUCAAAGACAUCGCAACUGCUCGCCUGUCGAUAUCGUUGAGCGACGUCCCGAUUGGAGCAAUUUGCUACCGCAAGAUCAACAAAUACAAUGGCAAAACCAGGGAGCCGGGGCGAGGAUGUUGAGGUUCGCAACCGACUGCCCACUUUGAUGGAGGUCUUGGGGAGAAGGACUCUAGCUCCGGUUGAUCUGUUCUCGUUCUACAUAUACAUGCGCGACCAGCAACGCUCAGUGGACUACCUGGACUUCUGGCUCGAUGUAUCUCAACACAUGUCCCUGUGCCGCCACUAUGUCCGAGAAUUGCGCCGCUCGAUGCUCGUUGACACGCCCGAAAUGGAAAAAACUACUAGCAAAAGGUCUUCGGCUUUACUCGAACAGUUUGAAUUAGGAGAGGGAGUGGACUCGAGGAAGAGUGGUCAAGAAUCGAGAGUGUCUGCCAUCUUGAGAUCAGACAACGGAGGCGCCGGCGCCGCAGGUCCCAAGCCGCCCCGAAGCAGGGGAGAGGGAGGUGGUGCUACCGAUCACUCACCUUCACACAGCUUGGGAUCAGCCAAUUCAAGAAACCUCAGUCGUCCCUCCGGCGACCGACCUUCACCUUCAGAACUGCCACAACCGACCUACUCUACCCCUGAAGUGCGCACGGAUUCGAACUCUCCCGGGCAUAGUGUCGCUAGGGCCGACAUUAAAGCCAGUGCAGAGAAGAUCCUCUACACUUUUGUCCUGCCGGGGUCGGAGCGAGAAAUCGUUCUGCCAGACACAAUGCUGAACAGAAUUAUUCGCGCAAUUGAGGAGGAAGGACGAGACGAUCCAGAGGUGUUUGACGAUGCCAAGGACUACGUCUUCCAGGCGAUGGAAAGGGAUGCAUUUCCAGGGUUUUUGCAGGCCAAAGCCCUAGGAAAUCUAGUCCCGUUGAGCGUCUUGAUCAGGCUGGCCAUUGGCCUGGCGAGCUUGAUGGCCGGGUUCUGGGCUGGUUACUACAUGAUUCUGAGGGACAGGUCAAGGGCUACUCGCUGCUGGCUUAUCCUCCCCUUUACAAUCGGUUGCUACUUCCUCGUCUCCUAUCAAUACAAGCUCGACAUCGUCGCUGCUUACCUGGGAUUUAGUGAAUACACAUGGAUGAACUGGUCGCGCGUCAGAGAACCGUUUGUGCGUCGACUACUUUUGACACGAGCGACCAUUGCAUUCUUGAUGUUUGCUGCGGCGGCGGUGGCGUUGAGUGUCUUAUUUAUAUUUGUGCCGGGUACGAGGUUCUAGGUGUUGGUGGAAAUGUGAUGAGUUCGGAGUGACGCAAAUGACUAUGGUUGGUUCGGCGUUCAAUGUGCUUGAAGAGUGGCCGGGAUCUGAGCGUGGUGGGAUGUUCAAUGCUUCAAGUCCAGCGAAGCAGUGAACGAGCAAGGUCGGUUAUGUUUUGCUAUGGGGAACAUAAGGCGUUGUCGGAGUCGGCCAUGAUGAACGGGCAACAUGCAGCCAUCGAUCUAACUGCAACAACCGAUGAAAAAUGCACAAAGGCUGGAAGAUACAGUGAUUGCAGAAACAGCAAAACGCCUCGACAGGUACGACAUCUCGCAACACAACGUCCAAGCUGAGGCUGCAGAUCAACAACAGGAAAGACACAUGGAGCUUGGAUAUGUAUGCUGUUAGCUAUGCACCAACUGGACACAUGAGCCGUUCAUAUGCCCAAAUGUUUCACACGUUGAGUUGAUUGAACCUGGUCCUAGC